CCCGGUGCAGGUAUACCAUUCUUAAGGUCAAUACAGACAUGAUUAUUUAAGUGGAAUACGUGAAUUUUGGAAGGAAUUAGAUAAAUACCUUUUAGAAUUUCAAAACUUGAUUGAACUAUGGCAUAUUUGCUGCCCAAAUUACUGCCAUUCUGUAGAAGUGGAAUUUUGGGGAAAACAUUCACUGAACGCCAUCAGCAAAAGGUGCAUCAAUAUGCUACAAGGCUAUGCAAUUCCUUGCAGUACCAUACUGUAACAAGACGUGACACGAACGUUGAUUCCACUACUGAAAGGCAGUCAGGGUUGCUUCAAAGUUUGAAGACAUCGGUUGUACAUACACAGGCGGCAAGUUUGUACCAUGAAUCUAGAGGCAAGCUGGAGGACAGGCUGUUCGAUUGUUUGUGCGAAGACAGUCAAGUGUUGUCCAUCUCCAAAUUUAAGAAGGCCAUUAUAUCUACAGGUCUGAGAGAGACUGACCCACGCCUUGCUGACUGUAUGCUGAACUUCACAAAGAUAACAAACGCUGAAAAUGGAGUUGCUUACAGCGACCAUGGUCCAGCCGUAGACAGGGAAACAUUCAAAAAAUGUAUUGCACCAAACAUAGUGCUGAUCACGAAUGCGUUCCGUAACCAGUUUGUGGUUCCCGAUUUCGAUCACUUCUGCAAGAAUAUCGAUCAGAUGUUCUUGCAUUGUCGUGACCAGACAGGUGGAAAGGUUGCAACGUACAUUCCACAGCUGGCGAGGUACAGUCCAGACAAGUGGGGAGUGUCCUUGUGUACCGUCGAUGGUCAGAGGUACUCCAAUGGCGAUUUUCAAGUGCCUUUCAGUCUGCAGUCAGUGUCCAAACCCCUUACGUACGCAAUGGCUCUUGAUGAACUCUCGCCAAGCGUUGUGCACAAGUACGUCGGCCAGGAGCCUAGUGGUGUGUCGUUUAACAGUAUUUCACUCGACUACAAUGACAAGCCCCACAAUCCGAUGAUAAACGCGGGUGCCAUCUGCGUUAGCUCACUUCUAAAACAGGAUCUCGAUCCGGCUGAUAGGUUUGCUUAUGCGACUUCGGUAUUAAACAGACUUACCGGUGGGGAACAUCUCGCUUUCAACAAUUCAGUGUUUUUAUCUGAGCGUGCGACUGCAGACAGAAACUUUGCCUUGGCGUACUACAUGAGUGAGAAAAGGUGUUUUCCGAAAGGAUCUAAUUUAAUGGAGAUUCUAGAUUUCUAUUUCCAAAUGUGUUCCCUAGAGGUGACGUGUGAGUCAGGGGCAGUUAUAGCGGCCACUCUUGCCAACGGGGGGAUAUGUCCUAUAACUGGUGACAAAGUAUUGUCUGCUUCGUCCGUUCGUGACACUCUCUCCCUCAUGUUUUCGUGUGGCAUGUACGACUAUUCCGGGCAUUUCACUUUCAAGGUUGGGCUCCCAGCAAAGUCGGGUGUGUCGGGUGUCAUAUUGAUAGUUGUGCCCAAUAAGAUGGGCUUCUGUACAUGGAGCCCGGCCCUGGACAAGUGGGGUAACAGCACGAGAGGCGUCUAUUUUGCAGAGGACCUGGUGGCUAAGUUUAACUUCCAUCACUAUGACAACCUGAAGUUCACAGCAAAGAAGAUAGAUCCGUGUAUUCAGAAAAUUGAAUCUCGUGCGUCUGGAGUUGUUGGGCUGCUGUUUAGUGCUUACACCUGUGAUGUGUCAGCGUUGAGAAGGUUCGCUCUCAGUGACCUAGAUAUGGAUCAGGCGGACUACGACGGGCGCACCGCUCUUCACAUUGGGUCUGCUGAGGGCCAUGAGCCUGUUGUGAACUUCCUCAUCAAUAAGUGCAAGUGUAACCCAAAUGUUAAGGACAGGUGGGGAUGUACUCCCCUGGAUGAUGCUGUGAGGUUUGGCCACAACAAGGUGAUUGAUAUACUGGAGGAAGCCAUGAAUCAAUACAACGCUAACGAAAAAAUCGACAGAAGUUUCGCGGCCAUCGAUAGCGUGGCUUACCACGAUAUCGCCCUUAAGACUGUGAAUACCGUUGAAGAUGCGUCCGAACACGAAUUAAAUGGCACGGAGGGUGACAAAAAUGAUAUGUAAUGUUUUAAGUAACACAAAAAAACAUUCAACGUUAUAAAGAAUGUCUUAAGUUGUACUUGGGACAUAUGAAUGAUUUCUUUUAUGGAGGGUCGACCUUAAAAUUGAGUCUGUUUGAAUGGCCUGAACCAGUCUGUUAAGUUCACCAGAAAAAAAGUUAUUAUCAGAGCAUUGAAGUCAUUAUCGGUGUUGUCAAAAAUUAGCCUUAUAUUUUUCUCGAAUUGAUAGCUAGUAUAUGGCCGCAAAUUCCCAAGUUACAAACAAAAAUGGAAAAAAAUAUCGCUUACUUUUUGAAUCUGUUCACAAAUCAUAUGCUUUUGUUUUCUUUUGAUCAUUAAAGUCAAAUGAGUUAAGCAUGAUAAUGCAUUAUUAAAUAAAAAAAAAUAGUCAUACUAACUUUUGCAUCAACCUUAUAGUGCGCGGCUUUCGCAAAUAUUAGACCCUUGGGAGACAAUCUACAACUAGCACUUUACAUAACUGUCAUUUCCAGGGUAAGAUGUAAUUCUGUGUGUCCAUCGAUCCAGUGGCCGUCUUUUCUGUAGAUUUGUUUUAUAUAGUGUAGAGCAGAUUGAAGAUAUUUUGUUAAAAUCUUUGUUGUAAUAAAUCACUUCAGUUAAACCUUGCCUUAUCAAGGUCAAGUUGCACACUGUAGUCACACAUAUUUAGAUGCCAACAAAAUGGUUGUGAAAUGAUGCACCUAUCAACAGGUGCUGCUAGCAUUCGGGGAACGACUCGGCCAUUUCAACUGAAGUCUACCUCGGAAAACCUCAGAUGUAUGCCGGUACAUCAGUAGAAGCAGUUUGUCAAAUUUUAAAUAAUGGUAGAAACAUGGUGUGGUGUUUUAUCGUGUAUCUUGUAUUAUUUAAUUUAAACUGAUUGCCAGCGAAGUGAGUUAUAGCAUAAAUGAUUUCCAGGGGUAAAGUAAUAGAGUUUGACUUAAUUAAAAUUACUACGCGAUCCACUUGCAGAGUAGAUAAAUAUAACGAUUUAUGACAUUGUAAACCGUCCAUAUACAUCCGAGGUUAUAUUCGAUGGAAAAUGGCCGAGGUGUUCCGAAUGGUGCGCCUAGCACACCCAGGGGACCUAAACAUACUGACUUGUAUUCCAAAUACCCUUUUUUCAAAAUCCUUGGAGGUGUUGCAGACUUAAAAAGUUCGAUGCAAAAAAAUUGGCCCCGUUUCCCAGGUGGCAGUCUCAUCCGCGCCUGUCAAUAUUUCUCCUGGCGGGAUUUCACAAGUCACCUGUAGGAUUCCCCGUCCCCUCGGGCUGGGGGAAAACAUUGACAGGUGCACGAUUUGGUAUCCAAAGUUUUGUUUGUUGAUUUGUCCAUUGCAUACCGGUAUGAAAUUAUUACUAGUAUGUAUUUACACUGUUGCAUUUUGUUGAGAGCUUCACAUUACAAGAUUAAUCACAAUGUAAUAUAUAUAUAUAUAUAUAACAAGGCUCAUUUGCAACAAUACCUUUUUACUUUAUUAUUAAUAUCUUAUUAUGCUGGUGUUCCUGUGUAUCUCUGUUGUUAAUAAUUCUUGAUUUACUACAAGGCCAACACAAUAUAAUAGAUUCUUUGUUUAGCGUCCGAUUGUAAUGUCUUAAUUUUUAAUAAGCACAGGGCCCAAUUAUUCGAUUCUCCUACAACAGAAUUUUAAGCUAAGCUCACUAUAAUUGUUUUCUAUGAUAUACGUAAUAUUUACUUCAUUAAGAGUUUUAGACUUUAAAUAUUACUGUAUGGUUGGUUGUGCUAUUCUUUCCUAAUAUUGUUUUAUUAUGCAUGUUUUUUAUGAUAAAUAUUUCUAUGUUCAAAUGAAUCUCAUUUACAUUUUAACUUUAAACCAUACAAAAGAUAGUAUCAUGUUGGUUCUUUUUUUACACAAUAAGCUUAUUUGAUUUUUAAACAAACAGUCAAGGUAUUCUAAAAGACAUCUUCCACGGCAGCAAAGAUAAAAAACUUCUGCUGGGCCUGUAACUUAAUGACUUUUUUGAGAUAUUCGCAUGAAACUUUGUACACAUGUAGCCAUUGAUAAUUGUACAGUGACUUAGAAAAACAGGCGAUUGUUGGUACCCUUCUUUAAUUAUCUUACCUGUUUUACAUUAGUUUAUUGUCUUAACCAGGACUUAUAAUCAUUGAAUCAAAGAAUGUAUUCUGUUUGUUUACAUUAAUAAAACG